AUGAAUGGAUAUGCAAGGAACGGAGCCGACCAAUCUAGGAUGUCUAGGCAGCCGCCAGGUGUACGAGGCCAGCAGCCAAACUUACAGAAUGCCGCGCGCCAGCCUCGUCCAGCCGAGGCACAGUACCUCAGCUCACAGAGGCUUCAACGCGCCGGGGCGUCAACGCGCAGUGCGGCACUGCUUCUCUCCUCAUCCUCCCCUUUAAUCCCCCGCAUGGAGUGUCACCCACACACGGCGGCGGCGCGCACACACACCGAUCAGACCCGGGGCCGGGCUCAUCCUCUAUACCACUACACGGUAACGGGUCCGCAUGGCAUCGUGCUUCACGACUUCGUGGGACAGCAGGCAGACGAACUUUCCUUCACAACGGGCGACGUCAUUGAAAUCCUGGAGAAGGUCGACGACGACUGGAUGAAGGGGAAGAACGUGAACAAGACAGGAAUUUUCCCCAAGAGCUACAUCCGGGUCGUCAUUCCGCUGCCGCAGAAAGCAGCGCCGCGCGCCGCUGCACAGCAUCAUGGCGUCGUGACAGGGCCGCGUUGCCGAGCGAGGUUCGACUUUGACGCUGAGCAGGACGACGAGCUAGCGUUCAGCGAGGGCGCCACCAUCGCUCUGCGCGAGCGCGUCAGCAACGACUGGCUGCGGGGAGAGCUGGCGGGGAGGACGGGAAUCUUCCCAAGCGUGUACGUGGAGAUCGUCGAGGAUCUCCCGCGGGAGGUCAUGCAGAGGUCGUGCGCGGGCCGCGUGGCGACGGCCAUGUACGACUUCGACGGUCGCGAGAACGAGCUCACGUUCAAGCAAGGAGACGAGGUCACUCUGGUCAGCAAGGUGAACGAUGAUUGGCUGGUCGGGCAUUUCCACGGCAACGAGGGCAGGUUCCCCGCUGCGUUCGUCGAUCAUGUACCCAUCGACCUUCCGCUGGAGGACGCGGUCACCGUGGCAACGAAAGCAGCAGCACCAGCCAGUAAGCAUGCUGUCGCGCUGUACAGCUUUGAUGCGGGCAGUCCGUCGGAACUUUCGCUGCGCAGUGGUGACAAGGUUGUCAUCACUGGCUCCGUGAACGAGGAUUGGUUGAUUGGACGGGUCAACGGCAAGGAGGGGUCAUUCCCGGCCUCCUUUGUCGAAAUAAAGGCUGAUCAGCCUGUAAAGUUUCGGGUUCGCAGUGCGAGUGAGACUCCGCCCUUCAGGUCGAGUGGGACGGCCCGCGCCGUGUAUGCACACUCCGUCCAUCCAUACCAAAUGCAGGGCCCAACUUGA